GACUGCUGUCAUUGCAGAUGCGAGGGAGGAGGUUGGGGUGUUCGGGUAUAUUCGGAGCAUGCCAAGUCUUUUACAGCCUUUCUCAAAUUUAAGUCCCCCGAUAUUAGUGGCUGGGGAAACCUAGCCAGAUGAGCGGGGUAUAAAUAAUCAGCAUUAGUAUUGAACUACAGCUCCCAUCGUCCCUAACUACUGGUCUUGUAGCUAGGAAUGAUGGGAGUUGUAGUCCAACGACAACUGGGGGCCUAAGCUUAAGAGAGGCAGGACUACAUCUCUAUGGCGCAAGCGAAACGGGAAAACUACAGUACCCAACAUGCUUCGCAGCAAAUUGCCCCCUAGUUUUGUUUGGUUUUAAAAGCAAAAGCAACAAGAACGCCGCGCUGUUCAUUGUGAUGCUGUUCAUUGUGAUGCGACGAAAGGAACAUCCCAAGAGGGGGUAGAUCACUGCCAGUUUUUAACUCUAUUUUGAAACUUGAACAUUUGAAACUUGAACAUGUACAUAAAACGCAAAAAGGAAUCUAGCAAAAAGGAGGAUAUUUCAGAUACCAAGGCUUCCAGUGAAAAGCGAUCGCACCACCCAUCUAGCUCAUCUUCGCAUAGAAGUGAAAAGAGUCACGAAAAGACAGAAAUUAGGAGUCAUCAUGCAAAAGAGCAGCCAACGAGUAAAGGGUCAGAUGAUAGUGCUGGAUACACGAAAAGAAAAAGGAGUCUGGAUCUCAAAGAUACUACUAAAAUUAUCCAAAAAGAGGCUUCCAAAGCUAUCAAUCUUGUCUGUGGUACUCUAAGGCCUAUUGAAGAGCGUGAAAAGGUCACUAUGCAUUUUAAAAAGAAAGCUGAAUGUGAAGGAAAGACAAACAGUCUGGAUUCUGCAGCAGCCUUUCCUCGGAAGGAGGGCUCCAACAAAGGGAUGUGCAGUGAUCCUGAUGUGAAAAGAGGGAAAAGGGAAUUGCAGGAUUUGAGGAUUCUUAAUAGCCAAAAGAAGAAGAAAAAGAAGGUUGAGGCGGAAUGUGCCAAAUUAAAACAAACUGUAAAACGUGUGCUGGAGUUGAAGGAAACUUCACAGAACACUUCAAAAAAGUCACAUCCCAUCUUUUCAUCCUAUAGCUUAUCAGGUACUAAACUACCGUCUUGGCAAUCCUCUGUGCGCCCUCCUGAAGGAGCUCAACAUGCUUCAUUAGAACUACCGCGCAAAACUGACAAAGGGAUGAAAUGUGCACCCUUGCACCACUUGCAUGAACUAUAUCACCAGAGAGAGCAUAAACAGAAAGAACAAUUUCAUCAUGAAUCUCGCAAGAAUAUUGGUAAUGCAAGGACCCAAGGGGAUAGAUUUGAGCCCGCAGCAUUUCAGAUGAGUCAGAGCUCUGAAGCCUCGUGCCACUCUUCUUCCUGUGAAGCUAUUGAAAGUACCGACACAGACCAAGAGAUGCAGAUUGUUGAAGAACUGCAUGCUGCUCGCAUUGAUAAAACAAUGGCUUUGCCUGUGGUUCAGACUUGUGGAGAGCUGACCAACAUGGAGAUAGAUCUUCCAGAUGAUGAAUCAAAUAUGUCUGCUAGAACUCUUUCUGGCCUGAAUAGUUUGAUUGUGAUUGAUACUAAUAUAAUGAUCAGCCAUCUAGAAUUCAUCAAGUCUUUGAAGAACACAGAUAUCCCAGGAGUUGGCAGAUUUGUGCUUGUCAUUCCUUGGGUCGUUUUGCAAGAACUGGAUAACUUAAAAAGAGGGAAAAUAUUGGCAAAGGUUGGGCAAAAAGCAAUCCCUGCAGUUCACUUCAUCUACACUUGCCUGAAGAACCAAGAUCCAAGGUUGUGGGGUCAAUCUAUGCAACUUGCUUCUCAGCAAACACGUAGUUUCUGUGUUGAGAACAAUGAUGAUCGCGUGUUGCAAUGCUGCCUGCAAUAUCAGAACCUCUUUCCUCAAGCUGAAAUUGUACUAAUGACGGAUGAUAAAAACCUGUGCAGCAAAGCCCUUGUCAGUGAAGUUAAGGCACUUAGCAAAGCAGACUUUGUUACUGCGCUCCAGAAGCUGACUAUAGACACCAUAAUGCUGACUCAAGAUGCUUCUAGUGGCCAGUCCCAAUCGGAAAGAGAUACGAUAACCAAGAAGGCUGGGGAUAAAUUUGCUGAUCCUGUUCCAAGGAUUAUUGUUGACAUUAAAGAAAGCUUGCAAGAAGUUUUAUCCUGUAUACUGGAAACUGAAAUGAAGAAUGCUUUUGGAGACCUUUGGGAAGAGAUGGUGUAUCAUCACCCCCCUUGGACAUUAACAAAGGUGUUGGAGUGCUACAAAAGACACUGGAUGGCUGUUUUUGGAAUGGUUAUAUCAAGAAACUUUCUUUCAACCAUUGAAUAUCUACAUGAACAUCUCUGUAAAGAUUCUGUGCUUAAACCCUCAACAGUGAAUGAGGUGCUUCAGAUAUCUAAAACACUGCUGGAGGAGUUCAGCUCAAGAUCAGAAUAUGAUGGUAUCCUUCCCAAGGCUUUAGCUCAGGUGAAUAAACUGCUCAAGACGCUUGAGAAGCCUGGUGCUAGACCAAAUCCUCCAGAUACCCUCAAAUCUACUUCAGGAACUAUUGCUUGUGAACAAAUGGAAGAUGUAGCCUUGACCCAGCACACUCAGGAUGUAGAUACGUCCUUGUCGCCUAAGCCUUUAGCCCAAGGAAACAGGCAUGUGGAAAUCUGGUCUGUCCUUGAAAGCGUCUGGAGCACAAUAAACCUAUUCAGUCUAGAACUUUUCCAGAAGUUGGACCUCAAUACGGCUACCACCACUCAGAAUAUGCACUCAUUCAAAGACGCUUUUGUAGGUCUGCAGAAGUUAAUGGCGGCAGUGAGCGAAAUCCUAGCAGGAAUUCGGCAGGUUUUAGUGCCAAACAGUAGCUUUCAAGAUGUCUGGGCUCUCUAUAGCUUUUUAACUAAUAAUAAGAUACACAAUAAUACGAAAUUUACUGCUGAGGAACUUUAUGACUGCAUUUCCCAAGAGGUGUACAGGGACCGUUUAUCGGUUGGAUGCUGCCAACUAGCUCAACUGGACAACAAUAUUAAACAGUGCUAUGAAUCUGUCUGUCUGGAGAUAAAGAACAGGGGUUGGCUCUAAUUGUGCAAUCAGCUGCAGCUUUUGAAUUGUAGAGUUGGAAGGGACCCUGUGGGUCAUCUAGCCCAACUCUCUGCAGUGAAGGAACACGUCAGUUUGAUGGCCCAGCCAAAGAUGGACCUUAGAGCAGCAGUGUUACUAAAUGGCAUUAUUUGUGCUCUCGGCAGCUAUGCUUAAGGUCCCAAACUAUACAUUACAUCAAUUGCGUAGUUUGGUGCUGUUCUUCCCCACCCACCCCUUAUCUAUAUAGCAGCUGCUGAGGGGCAGGGGGUGAGGGUUAGGACUGGGACCCACAGCAGGGGGUGGGGGAUUUUUAAAAUCUCCCCAAAGCUCGUAUUUGUAUUAGGCAUGUGUUGCCGUUGGUGCCAGCAGAGUGAGGGAGACCGUUUUAGUCAGGAUAACUCAGCACGAGACUUUUAAACUCGGGACUGUAGUGUGGGGAUAAAGAGCAAACCCCCUUUCCCCCCAAUCCUGAUUUUUUUGUACAUUAAAAAAUAAUAAUAAUAACUUGCAAGGCCCAGACAGUUGUUAAGGUAAAAUGCAAUUUGUCUAAAGAAGUAGUAGUAG